AUCGACAGUUACCCUAUCGUAGGAAACUGUAAAGAAUUACUCGCACCUAAACUAAACAUGGAAAUUGCAACAUGUUUAAACGAAAGCUUGAACCGACAAGACAUGUACCUUAGUAGGAUACAAGACGAAAUUGGGGUAGCCAUCUCCGCUUUAGGGAAACCUUUAGGCAAUUGCUUCCCUAAUCCAAGCGAACAGUCUAAUGAAUUCUUAAAACCCAGUAUUGAUGCGGCGAAAAUCUUAACUAAUGUCCAUCAUAGCAUAUCUACACACAGGCGCCAUGUUAUUCUACCUCAUCUGAACAGCUCGGUGAGGAAGAUCAUCGAAGACUACCCAAUAGACGAGUUUUUAUUUGGGGACAAGUUUGCGGAGAAACUGAAGUCAUCCAAGGAAAUACAGAAGACGUCCUCAGAUCUUAGAUUACAGAACCCCUCCACCAGUUCAAAAACUACCAGCGCCCCAAAUACAAGUCCAAAUACAAGAACCAAUGGAACUACAAAGCGAAGGGUCGGAACACCCAAGGGGUCUCAUACAACCAAGCCCGGCAGAAAAGAAAAAGGACCCAAUAUUAAUGGAAACCUCACCCCUUAUGGCGGACAAUUACCCUGGCUGCCGGCCAUUUAUCAGGGAAGCCUUUGUAAAGAAAGGGUUUCCCGAAGAGGCCAUUGCAUCCAUAGUAGCAUCAGUAGCUGACAGUACACUAAAACAAUAUGACACCUGGUUUAAAAAAUGGUGGGGUUUCUGUUGUGACAUAAAUCACGAUAAAUGGUCCUACGACCUUACUACCUUUAUUAAAUUUCUAAGUAUACAAGUAGAUAACUCUAACUCUUAUUCGUCCAUUAACGCGUGCAAGUCAGCAUUAUCCUUUGUACUCCCCAUCGACACUCGAGAUGAGGGAAUAAUUAAAAGAUACUUAAAAGGCAUUUAUAACCAAAGGCCACCAAGGCCAAAAUACAAUACAACCUGGGAUCCUCACCCAGUACUGAGUCUGUUAGAAAAUAUGUUUCCUUUAAGUACUUUAUCCUUAGAAAAGUUAUCACAUAAGUUAGUUACUUUGUUAGCAAUUAUUACGGCGCAUAGAGUACAAACAUUCUCAAAAAUUAGAUUAAGUUAUAUAAAUCAGUUUGAUGAUAGGAUCGAAAUACUGAUCCCAGAUACCGUCAAAACUAGCGGGAAAAAUAAAUUUCAACCUGUGCUAAAGUUACCAUUCUUUAGAGACAAACCAGGGUUGUGUUUAGCAUCUACGGUUUUAUUUUAUCUAAACACAACUAAAAGCCUCCGCGCCGAUAAUAAUGAUUAUUUAAUACUGACACACAGGAAACCUUAUCAUACGGCCACAAGCCAAACGAUAAGUAGAUGGAUCCGCUCGACUCUAAAAUCCGCGGGUGUUGAUACAAGCAAAUUUUCAGGCCACAGCACUCGGCAUGCCUCAACUUCGGCCGCAUACCGAGGCGGAGUUAACAUUGAGGAAAUAAGAAAAUAUGCAGGAUGGACUGAAAAAUCAAACGUUUUUAAUAAAUUUUAUAAUAAACCAAUAUCAACACCGGCGGAUCUCUUUGCAAAAGGGGUCCUCCAAGGAUCCAGUAUUACCUGUUAAAAUAAGAGUUCCUUACUUUAAGAUUUAGUGCGUUCUGUUCCUUGUAAUUACGUUAUAUACCUAUAUGUUUGUUACAAUGUAAACAUACAGUUUAAUGGUUAUAUUAUUAUAUUUCGUUACACACCUUUAAAAGGUGCCUUUCCUAUAAAUAUAUACAAAUUACUUAAGUAUAUAUUAUACAAAGCUUAUAGGGAAUAAAGCUAUUUUCUAGA